GGUGAUGGUGAUGGUGAUGGUGAUGGUGAUGGUGAUGGUGUGGUGAUGGUGAUGGUGAUGAUCGUUGGCAGCGCCAGGCGUAGUAACAUCAAACGGCAGGAGCAGCAUCAGCAACCAAAACAACAGCAACAACAUUUGUUGGGGUGGCGCGGUCGUUGA